AUGUUACCACCAACUGGUAUUACUUAUAAUAUUACUUUUAAAGGUGUUACCAAUACAAUUCCCGUAUCUGGUGUUUUUGCCAUACAGACUGUUACUGCGGAAGAUAAAAAAACCAUAAUUGGCUAUCGACUUUGGCAGGGAUAUACAAGGCAAACUAAUGAAAUAAUUUAUACAGUAUCAUAUACAAAUGGUACCGGUCUUCAAGCAACAGUAAAUCCUGAUACGCAAGAAUGUAUUAGUGUUUAUUCUCAGCAAAUCAAUUGUACAGGCUGGUCAAGUACUAAUGUCUUGAGAUGGAAUAAUUUGUGUUCAGACUUUUCGACGGAAGAACACAAGAGCAUUUCAAGAAUGACCGUCAAUGCAGAUGCCUCUGAUUUAAAACGUCCAAUUAGUUUGAAUAUGACAAUAACUAUGGAUGGUACACCUUAUAAAUUAUUCUCUACUUAUCAGUUUUCAUCAAAAACUGAAGGAGAAACGUUUCCCCAUGUUAAAUGUGGUUUUUAA